CAUCCAUAAGACGACAGCGUAGGACAAAAGGUAGCGAGCUAGGAAACCCUAGGCCACCGCCACCGCCGCCGCCUACGAAUGGCGAUUCCCCGAGUCGCCACCGCGCUGCUCGCCGGGAGGAGGAGGGCGGCUGCGGACAUCGUGUUCGCCGGCGUCCGCGUGCACCACCACCAAGGGGCGGCGAGGCUGCUGCAGCCCGGCAACCUCGCCGCCGCCCGCCUCUGGCCGCCGCCAACCGCCUUCUCCUACGGCGGCAGAGUCGGCUCGCUCGGGCUCGGCGCCAGGCGCGGGAUGUCCGGCUCUAGCGGCGGAGGUGGUGGCCGGAGCUCAGGAGGCGGCAUCCCCGGAGGCGACGGCAAGCGAAGAUUGGAGGAAUGGACCAGGUCGGUGGAUUCCCAGCUUGAAGAGAUCCUUACCGAACUCCAACAACUAAGUGCUGCUCAAAUGAAUGCUGUCAAGGUCUCCACUUCCUCUUUCCAAAGCCUUAAGAGAUCUAUGGAGCGCACUGGAAAAGUCACAACAGCUGUAAUUUCACUCAGUGUUACUGCAUCUGUGUAUCUUGUGCUGUUCGCGCUCUAUUGUGUUGGGGUUAAAAUGGCCUAUAUCGUUGACGCCGACGAAUUUGCCAAAAAAUUCGCACACAGUGUCUUAGAUGAUGAGGAAUUCAAGGCAAAGCUAGAUCAGACAGCAGAUAGACUUGGUGCCAUAGCAGUGUCCGCUCCCUUUAGGAAGGCUCAGGAGUGGUUUUUUGGUAAAGACAGCUCACCUCAAGAUGAUUUGGAUUUGGAGGCUUCAGACACUUGGGAAGACUGGGCAGUUUCCUUUUCCUUCUUUGCUCUGUCAUUGAUCAGAGGAAUGCCAGUUUAUGAGAAUGAACUGUGGAUGCGUUUAUACCAGCUUGGAGUUAGACGCAACAAGGAAAAUGAAGAACUUCUGAACAUUUUGGUUGCAGUAGGGUUGAUAUCAAAGAAGAAAAAGGGUAAGCUUACUACCUAUGCCCUUGUCGAAGAGCAAUACAGGGAAUGCAUUGACGCAGGAUUCAGGCCGAAAAUUGUUCCGAUCCUCAAGAAGGAGCGUGAACGGAGGAGUUCCCCCCCUACCUGAGUUGUUUCAAUACCUACCUAAUGUGCUUUCUAAUGCUAAGAGUCAACAGCUUUGGGGAAUUCCGAAUGUACAUAUGGUGGACACUUGUUUUGGAGAGCUUUGAGGUUGCCAUGUUGCUCGACCCAUGGAUUUUGGUUGUCUCAAACCUGGAUUUUGUUUGUUUUGGGGCAAACUAAUGAAUCAGUACGUUUCGUUUAUUUUGGGAAGCAAACUGGAGUAAUUUAUCAGUACUACCUGUAUGUAUGAACUACUUGUCCGCUGGAGCCUGGAAUAUCACAUGGGGUAAACGACUUUGAUUUGUUAGUUCCAUUCUGUCAUCGAUCACUGUUGGAUCGAUUGGUAAAAGGCCUUAUUGCAGCAAACCUAGCGUUUCAGUUUGUUUGCAUUCUGACUGUCACUGGAAUGAUCCCACUGUCUCA